GUAAAUAGUAUUUACCUCACUUCCCACACACUCGAUCGAGUCAGUUCGAAUGUAGUUUAGUGCUCCAUCCUGAUGAACAAUUGUGUUGUUUCCUCUGUGGUAGUUGGUCUUGUAGCAAAAUGAAUAAUUCCUUUACAGACACGUUGUCAGGGCUUGUUCAACGUCCUCGUAGAGAGUCAUGGCUGAUCCCAACCGAGAUCUAGGAGCGCGACCCAAGCAACACCACCCCGACCAGAUUGAGGUGCUCGAGGCUAAGGCCGACUUUGACGAGGAGAACGCGAGUUCCGCCGAGUCUUCAGUGUCCUCCAGAUAUCAGAUCCGGGAGGAAACCGAUCCUACUUUACCUCGUGCCAAGCCCAAGAAGAAGUUCCAAUUGAAAAUGAGCGAAUCCUCCUUGGCCAACGUUUGGUCUGGUCUCUCCGGACUUUACGCCAUGUUUUUGGUUACGCUGUACGUGGCUUUCUCUUUCACGGAAUUGGUGACCUUCCCCCACUUGAAUGACUACUUGGAGAUCAAUGGCUUCUUCAUUUUCUUGUACGUGGUCAGUGAUCUGUUCCUCAUUUAUGUGCUUCUGAUGACUUUGAAAGGAAAGUCCAAAAUGGUCAACUCAGACGGACCCAAAGUGGCCGAAAACCAUAAGAGUCAUGGUAGUUUGACCAUUCGUUUUGGUGCAAUUGUGUUCGGCAUUGGAGCCUUGGUCUAUCUGGUCCUGGAGAUGAUCUCGUUCUUCGAGAUCAGUACCUAUUCCCCAUGUUAUCAUUCCGCAUUGGGAAUUAAUACUGCGGCAGCCAUACUCUUCGUUGUCCUUCAGACCUACCUGAUCUUUGUUUACCCGAGGUUGAAUCUUUGCACCAUAGGCAUCUUAGACCGAUUUGGUACCAUGCAUGUGGUGGCCACCAACAUCAUCCUUUGGAUCCGUACCUUGAUCAAGGAGUCGCUUCAUGAGAUCAUGGAAUCGGAGGAAAAAGCUCAUAGUGUGCAUGCAGCUCAUCCGCUGUUAGCUGGUCACAAUCACGGCGUGUGCAACAUCAUUGGCGAACGGAUCCGAAUUGCCCAUCAGCUUUAUGAGCAAUGCCACCUUUAUCACGAUGACAUCCUCGGCUCCACUCUCACCGACACAUCACCUUUUCUCUAUCCCUUUGUCAUUGAAUACGCUCUCAUCGGAGCAAGUGUGUUCUUUGUCAUGUGGCGACAUGUCGGACGGAGCGGCAAGCCCAAGCAUCACGAUGAGAUGGAUUCAUUGACCUCGACAGGCAUCAAUCACCCACAACCCCUUCAAUUUCUCAAGAAAGGCGAUUGGUCGCAUUCGCUCAAGGGGGUCGUGGCUGGAUCGGUCAUCUUGAUCCUGGCCAUUCUAAACUUGGCCCUUUUCUUUGGAUUGGAUGGUCAUGACGCCAAUGAGGCUCAUCAUGUAGAUGAAUCUGAGUAUUUUUCCAAGAUCACCAAUACCAUCAUCAACAUGCUUGGAAUCGUGGGGCUUCUCUUUGGGAUCUACCAGAUCCAGGCCUUGAGCGAUAGGAGCGAAUUCGAAGAGGAUUCCGACCUGAGGGCCAGUUCGUCGUUGGAUUUGUCGUUGCUCCGAUUCACGGCUUUCUUUGCCUAUCUCUACAUUUGCUUCACCAUCAUCACGGGAGCAUUCAACGCCCAUUUCCACAACUUCCCCAAUGGGCUGCAUAUUGUGAAUGGUGUCACCGAGGCUAUUCAGAUCACGCUACAAAUCGUUUUCAUCUACGAUUUACAACACAAGAUUCUAUCUUUGGCUACGUUCGAUACCAAACCGGGUCGCCAGGUGACGAUCUUCUUGUUCUUUCUGAACCUGGCCCAAUGGGUGGUGAUCAGCUUCGAGAUCCAGAAAGUCCGGGCCAGUCUUGUUGAGGCGGAGUUCUACGGUUUCAUGCCAUGGGUCAUCAUCCAACGAGUCACCCUGCCGUUAUUUGUGUUCUUCCGCUUCCAUUCAGCGGUCGUGAACAUGGAGUUAUGGAAAGACAUCUAUUCGAAUGGUAACAUUCGCUCGAAAUCUCAACCGGAACUCGCCUUGAGACGACGGGAUUUUUCCGGGAUUGGGGUUCGCCCUGGAGAUGUCUCCAUGGAAGGCGGAUUGAUGUAGGAUUUGGUCACACUCGGUUACCCUCCAUAGACCUUGUUUAUAUGUUUCAUCCUGUUUGUACCUGAUCGAUGCUUCUCAAUCUACGAUGUCUGUUUUAUCAACCCCCGUUCCGUGUUCACCGCCAAUACAAAUAAACUACCCGUCCUAUG